GUCUUCCCUGCACGACUCCUUCCUGAAAAACUCUGUGGGCUUGGUCAUCACCGCCGCCCAAAUGCAUUGAAAAGAUCAAAAAAAAAAAAAAAAAGGAAAUCAAAAAACAUGAAGAAAGUGAAGUUCGAAGUCUUCCCUUCUCAUUCUUUAGUCUGGACCUCCUCUCUUCGAUCAUUCCACAAUCUUUCGCGGCGUCUCUAAUACCCCAAAGCUCUUCUGAUCAAUCUCUCUCUCUUUGUAGCUCUGAUCUCUGCGAUUAGUUAAAGAUGGAGGAGGGGAAGAAGGUGUCUGAGAACCAUUUGACUUCAGCUGCAGCAUUUGUGGAAGGUGGAAUUCUGGAUGCCUGUGAUGAUGCAUGCAGCAUAUGCCUUGAAGCAUUUUCUGACAGCGAUCCUUUUACAGUUACUGUUUGCAAGCACGAGUUUCACCUGCAGUGUAUUCUUGAAUGGGGCCAGAGAAGUUCACAGUGCCCCAUGUGUUGGCAAGCUCUUAGCUUAAAAGACCCCAACAGCCAGGAAUUGUUUGAUGCAGUGGAACAUGAGAGGAAUAUCAGGAUGCAUCCUCCCAGAAACACCACACAUUUUCACCAUCCAACCUUGGGGGAAUUUGAAUUGCAGCAGUUACCAGUUAGUGCAACUGAUUCUGAGCUUGAAGAACGUAUUAUUCAGCACUUAGCAGCUGCUGCUGCAAUGGGAAGGGCACGGCACCUUGCCAGGAGGGAAGGUCAGAGGGGUAGGCCACCAGCCCAAGGUCGUCCCCAUUUUCUGGUAUUUUCAACUAAUCCAAAUGCACCUGCCGUGGUUGCUGCUUCUCCUCCUCCAACUCAGAGGAGUGGAGGUGAACCCACUUCUGUCGUGGCUGCUGGUCCUACAUCAUCAUUUAUUGCAUUUGGAGAAGGUUCUGCACAGUUGAUUGCACCGGCAGCAUCUAUCCAAUCUGGUUGGGUUUCUUCACCUGGAUCGGGAUCCAGUGGUGGUGUUACUCAACCUGGAUCAUCAUCAAAUAACCGGACGUCUUCUCCUAGUAACCAAGACAGAGCUGGACCAUCUGAUUUUCAGUCUUUCUCUGAAUCCUUAAAAUCUCGCUUUAGUGCAAUGUCAACGAGAUACAAAGAGUCUAUCACCAAGAGCACUAGAGGUUGGAAAGAGAGAUUAUUUUCUCGGAAUAAUCCUACAGUGGAUCAUGGUUCUGAAUCUAGGAACGCAGUUAGUGCCGAUAUUGCUGCUGUAUCACGCUUGAUGGAGCAUCUUGAGACUACAGAGACUAGUAGGACCCCGCUUUUUCACGAGCCAAAUAGACAAGAGGAGAAUUUACCACCGGAUCGUACAGAGCAACAAAUCUCUGGGAUUGACAGUAAUCUUCCUUUGGCGGAGGGCAAUAGGCAAGCUCCAUGUGCUACUACCUCUGCUUUCAACUGAGUUUCAAUUCAGUGUUAUUAAAUUACAAAAUUGUCUCCUUAAACGGAUAACCUCUGAGAACGGCGGUGUAUGGUUGCAUGGAAUAUGUUCUGUGGUUUUGCCCUCUCAUCUGGUCUUAUGAUAACCUGCGGAAGGAGUUGCUUAUUGUAGCCUUUCUCCUAUAAAAUAGGAUAGGAUGGAGUUUAUUUAGUAUGAACUUUGAACUGUCAUAUAUAAAAUAUGUAAAUUGGUCUAUAUGUUGAAUUAUUCUUUGAAAUAUAUCUAAAAUUUUUUUCAUUCUA